AAACUGUUCUCAUGCAGGUUUUCAUGUUUCACCUGGAAGUUUCAUUUGUUCUCACAUUUUGGUAGCAGUGUUCAGCAUACGGUUUUAACUUGUGUGAUUUUUCUUAAACUUUUUGAGAUCCUUAGCCAUUGUCUAUUUAAAGCAUAGAACGAAUAUUCAUGUCCUCUGUGGAAUUCGCCUUCCUUUCUAGGAGCUGCUUAAAUGUGGCUAUACUGUUGGCAGUGUGUACAGAAGACCGCAGAUUGUCUUGUACGGGCUUCUCAGCCUCCAGUGUCUGCCAUGUGCCGACAGUUCAUGAAAAUAAACAUUGGAUCUCAUGAACUAGUAAUACUGGGGUCUGUGUAAGGCAGGGUGAGCAAACCUCUCACUUCUCUCCUUUCAUCCUGCCUUUCUCUUACCUUCCUUUCUCUCUCUCUUAUCUUUUCUUUCCCUUUUUGAGAUCAGUUCUUACUUUGUUGCCCAGACUCACCCCAAAUUCUUGGGUUCAAGCUAUCUCUAGCUUUCUAAGAGCUGGGAUGGAAGUGCCCAGCACUAUGCCUGCUUAAGCAAACUUCUUUGAAAGGCGAGGUAGUAAAUAAUUUAGACACUGGCAGUAUAGAUUGUCUUUAUUUAUAAAAUACAACAAAAACAGAAAGCCUCCUCCACCCAGUACUAAGACAGAAAACAAAAACCAUCAUCAUCAACAAUAACAAACUCCAAAAAAUAACAACUCAAACCAUACGAAAUCCCUGCAAAGGAGUUCCCAGUCUGUGAUCUAAGGGCGUUUAGACUUAGUUAGACCUUGCUUGAAGCUCUGUGUUCAGUGCCCCAGUCAGGCUUACUCUGGCAGUGAUGAAGCACUAUAACCAAAUCAACUUAGAGAAGGAAGGGUUAUGUGGCUGACACUUGCACAUCACUGGUCACCACUGAAGGAAGUCAGGACAGGAGCUCAGACAGGGUAGGAACAUGGAGGCAGGAGCUGAUGCAGAGGCCAUGGUGGAGAGCUGCUUUCCGACUUGCUCCUCAGGACUUCUUUAGCCUGUUUUCUUGUAGUACCUAGGACCUCCAAUCCAGGGUGGCUUCCCCCACAAUGGGUUGGGCCCUCCCUCAUCAAUCACUAAUUAAGAACAUGAUCUAGCUUGCCUUCAGCCCAAUCUUAUGGAGUCAUUUUCUCAAUUGAAGUUUCCUUCUCUCAGAUGACCAUAGCUUGUGCCACCAUAAAAUUGGCCAGCACACCUUGCAAAGCUCAUCUCGGUGAUUGGUUUGGCCUGUUUUCUCACUUGUAUCAAAGGAAGAUUUUUUUGAGGAGCAUGGGUAGUGGGGGGUUUAGUGUGGGUAUCUCUAACCUGAAAGCAUGAAAUCUGGAGUACCUUCAAAUAGGAAACACUUUGGGUAUCAGUCCUUAAGAGCUUUGGUUCUGGAGCAUUUUGAUCUGGGGUUUUUAGGUUAGAAGUGCUCCUGGCGUGUUCUCAGAUACUACAGAUAAGUGCUAUUCUGAACUGUCAGUGGAGAAUGUUUGAAUGAUGAUUUUUCUUUCCUGUUGUAACAGUUAUGUUGAAAGUCUUGUUGGAGACCAGAAAUGCUGACCAAUUUAUAUAAUUGGAGCAACUCCAUGCAAGUGAAGUAACACUUGUUCCAUGCUGGAGCCAUUAAUAAUUCUGUAAGGACCAGUGAUGUGGGGAUAGUUCUAGGUUAAGGACUGGGAGGCUGUGUGCCCAGGUAGGAUAGUAGGUAAUCUAGCUUCUGCUGAUGCUACUGUAUAACUGCACCAUUGUAGCACCAGCAGUGUAUAAGUUAGUGAAUUUUUGUGUUCCAGUAAAGCUUCCUUUACAAAGCAGAUGGCAGGUAGCUUUGGCCUCAGGCUAUAGUCUGCUGACUUUUCCCUAAUUUAGAUUAUCCGAGGUUAGAAAUUCUGUAGAUAGAUAAUCUAAUCCAUUUUCUACAUCGUCAUUAUUCAGCUGAAGACAAACGGAAAUGAUCCCAGUUCUCCAAAAAAUGAUUUUUUUUAUCUUGAACAUAUUCUUGUUUAGCUCCUUUGAUGUUUUUUAGUUAUUUGGAUUGAAUUCUGUUCACAAGAUAUAGCACAGUAUUACCAAAUUUUGUUUGGAAAUGUACUUAAAAAUGAAAUGAUUUAAAAAAUUGUAACCUCAGUUUGCUUUAUGUUCCAUUACUAAUGUGUCCUAAGGCCGGAGCUGUUGCUCAGAGGUUUUUAGAGUGCUUGCCUAACAAGCAUGAGGUCCCGAAUGUGUUCAUGAUGCUGUAAUAAAGAUGCAUAAAUAAGAUGUGUCCUGAAAGAGGGUGAACUUUCAGCUGAUACAAGUAGAGUUAGAUGCAUGCAGAUUCAGACCCUAUUCCUCUUUCCAUACCAAAUUUAAUUAAAGACUUUCCUCUUCAAGCCAAUUACCAUGGUAUAUUCCUUUAAUCUCAAUGUUUGGGAGGCUGAGACAGGAGGCUCUCAAGUUGGAGGCCAGCCUGGGCUACUUGAUAAGAUUUUUUUUUACUUCAAAAUAAUAAAAACAAAUCAAUAAAUAAGUGAACACAUACACACACACACACACGACCUGAAUCUGUCUGUUGCCGCCAUGUAGUUUUACCUCCACCUCCUGCGCCCUGGCUUCUUCAGGUGUGUCUCUGAAGUAGUCUGGACACUGAACAGUGUUUUACUUGGUGAAGCCUUAGAAAAGCCACAGGGUUGUGUUUCAUUGCAUUCCGCAAAGAGACCCUCAGUAAACCCUAGAGGAAUUGUGGUUUUUUUGCUCUCACAGCCAUUUACUUUAAAUUGUGAGGCUGGAGUGAUGUGUUCCACCCUGCAGAAUUUGGGUCUUUGGAAGGCAUCUUGCAAUGUAGGCCCUGUUUAGAAAGCCCCUUGGGGUGUAGGCUGCUCUGUCUCAACUGCUAUACUCUGUCAUAAGGGAUCAGUUUGGGUGAUAUUUUAACUUUCGUUAUGAUUUAGCUUAUUAAAACUUAUCUAAUCUUUGGUUAUUGUAUAACACUGUUGAUUUUAGAUUGGAAUUUGGUAAAAGGAAACAGAUUGGAUUUAGUAGGUUAUCUAGAUGAGUGAAGGAUUAGAGUGGAUAGAAUGUAUUUAACGCUGGAAAGAGUUAUUUUGAGGCAAACUUUGAUACAAGGAAGCUGGUAGAACUCAGAAUACAUCAUGGUAGCACUCCAGUACAUGUGAACUUUGAUUUGCUCUCAUACUUGGUGUUGGUAAUGCUUUACCUGCACUAAUAGGUGUGUGCUCUGUAAGUUUCCUUCCUCUUAGCUGCUGUGCAGCACUACACAUCCCUUUGAGGUCCUCACUGAGCUCUCCUUGGAAAUAAAUCAUUUGUGUGAUGUAUCACUGCUCAGCAUACACAUGCUUUCCAAGGGCCUUACCUGUGAUUUCUUGUGUGUUCAGAACUGUGUCGUAGAUCUUCCAAGUUGGAGAAUUUGAAGGCUCUUUUUCGCUUAGGGGAGAGAAGAACUCACUUGCUCAGUUGUGUCUAUACAGACCACCUCUAAGAGGUUUAGGGUCUCAGCUAAGGCUUAUGUUAGCAGAGCACAGCAGAGCAUCUGUCCCAUAGGAGUUUGAAAGUCAUGGUCUCUUGCUGUCCAGUUGCCAGAUUUCCUUGUUUUUAUGCAGUAUAUAUUGUAUGUUAAAAGGCUGAGCUGUGCCUGUUCAUACCUAGUCCCUUCCUCAUUUUCUCUUCUUGCUGACUGUUCUUAUAUAUUUCUAAGUACCUCUGUCUUAAAAUUCUGGUCAUAUAAACAUAAAUUAUUGCUAAUCUUUCUUCAUAGAAAGAUAUAAUAAAAUAAGCAGUUCAUCCCAUAGUUUAGAAGAAGCUGACAGCUGUUUGACUUUCACUUUUAUGGUGUUCGCCUCUCAUAAACAUAAUAGCAAGUCCUUUUUGGAUGAAAACAAAGCAAGUAUUUUUUUUAAAAAAAACUUAAAUAAAAUUCAAGUCUUAGUAGUCUUUCAUAGUUUCAUCGACAGUUAUACUUGCUAUUUUUCUUAUUUACAGCUCUUGAUUUGUUAAUCUGAUCCUUUAAAAUUGUACUUAUAUCCUAACACAUUAACUAUUGGCUGUUCUUUUUUAAUUUCAACUUUUUGCAUGCUAGGGAUUAAAAAAGUAAGUUUUCUCCCUUAAUAAAAGCUCCUCCAAAAUAAUUUUAACAUACCUUUUGCAAUCUGUUGUAUAUAUUGUUUUCUUUUCUUCCACUUUGACCACAAAUUCCUUCAGGUCUCCGCUGGUUCAUCCUCCAAGCCAUGGAUGCCGCUCGACUCACAACAGCCCAAUUCACACUGCUACUGGCUCACGACUUACUCAGAACUUCUCUGUGUCUGUUCCCACUCUCAUCUAUACUGGAUUCCCUUCAAUGAAGAUCCCAAUCCCAAUCCUCACUCAUCAGGACCCUCAACCCCUCUGAAAAACCAAACUUAUUCCUUUUCACCUUCCAAGUCCUACAGCCGACAGUCCUCUUCUUCUGACACAGACUUGAGUCUGACACCCAAGACUGGAAUGGGAAGUGGUAGUGCUGGAAAAGAAGGGGGGCCCUUUAAAGCUCUUCUACGACAACAGGCUCAGUCGGCAUUGGAACAGCGGGAAUUCCCCUUCCUCACCUUGACGGCCUUCCCUCCCGGACUUCUCGUGCACGUCGGUGGUGUUGUUAGUGCACGUUCUGUGAAGCUCUUAGACCGGAUCCACAAUCCUGAUGAACCAGAAACUCGAGAUGCGUGGUGGGCAGAAAUCAGACAGGAGAUAAAGUCACACGCUAAAGCCUUAGGCUGCCAUGCUGUAGUGGGCUACAGCGAGUCAACCAGCAUCUGUGAAGAAGUCUGUAUUUUAUCAGCAUCUGGCACGGCAGCUGUACUGAACCCUCGGUUUCUUCAGGAAGGCACUGUGGAGGGCUCUUUGGAACAGAGGAUUGAAGAAAACUUGCCUGUGGGCUGCGGAUUCUGCCAUAUACCAUAUGAUGAGCUGAACAUGCCAUUUCCUGCUCACCUCACAUACUGUUACAACUGCCGGAAACAAAAAGUCCCCGAUGUCCUCUUUACAACCAUCGACCUACCCACUGAUGCAGUGGUUGUUGGGAAAGGUUGUCUUAUCCAGGCAAGGUUAUGUCGCCUAAAAAAGAAAGCCCAAGCAGAAGCCAAUGCCACAGCUAUCAGUAAUCUCUUGCCGUUUAUGGAGUAUGAAGUCCACACUCAACUGAUGAACAAGCUCAAACUCAAAGGAAUGAACGCUUUGUUUGGACUAAGAAUUCAGAUCACAGUGGGCGAAAACAUGUUGAUGGGCUUAGCGUCGGCCACAGGGGUCUACCUAGCCGCUUUGCCGACUCCUGGUGGGAUCCAGAUCGCUGGGAAGACCCCCAGUGACGGCUCCUAUGAGCAGCACAUCUCCCACAUGCAGAAGAGAAUCAACGACACGAUCGCCAAGAACAAAGAACUGUAUGAAAUCAAUCCUCCGGAGGUAUCUGAAGAGAUUAUAGGAUCGCCCAUCCCAGAACCUAGACAGCGUUCAAGACUUUUAAGAUCACAAUCGGAAAGUUCUGAUGAAGUUACAGAAUUAGACCUUUCACAUGGGAAAAAAGACGCGUUCGUGUUAGAGAUUGACGACACUGACGCCAUGGAAGAUGUGCACUCCCUCCUCACUGAUGUUCCCCCGCCUUCAGGAUUUUAUAGUUGUAAUACAGAAAUUAUGCCUGGCAUAAAUAAUUGGACAUCAGAAAUACAGAUGUUUACAUCAGUAAGAGUGGUCAGACUGAGCAGCCUCAACCUGACUAAUCAAGCUCUCAAUAAGAACUUCAACGGCCUGUGUGAGAACUUGCUCAAGAGCCUGUACUUCAAACUCCGCUCCAUGACUCCCUGCUGCCUCUGCCAUGUGAACUUCACAGUGUCUCUGCCUGAAGACGAGCUAAUCCAGGUUACAGUCACAGCAGUCGCGAUAACUUUUGAUAAAAACCAGGCUUUACAGACCACAAAAGCCCAUGCUGAAAAGACACUGCAGAGAGCCUCUACGGAUAACGACGAGCUGCUGCAGUUCCCGCUGGAGCUCUGCUCAGACUCACUGCCCGCUCCUGCUUUCCCAGCAACCAAAGAACACCUGGAGAGUGCGAGUUCUAACUCAGGUACACCAGCUGCACAGAGAGACAGAUGCAGCAGCUGGAUAGAGCUCAUUAAACUGAAAGCUCAGACCAUAAGGCGCGGAUCAAUUAAGACAACUGUGACGGUUGAGAAAGCAAGUCCCAUGGGUGAUGGAAAUUUCCGGAAUCGCUCUGCUCCACCUUGUGCAAGUUCCACAGUUGGGGUUGUUAAGAUGACGCCUCUUUCUUUCAUUCCUGGAGCAAAGAUAACAAAAUAUCUUGGCAUCAUUAACAUGUUUUUUAUUAGAGAAACUACUUCUCUUCGGGAGGAAGGAGGAGUCAGUGGCUUCCUCCAUGCUUUCAUUGCUGAAGUGUUUGCCAUGGUAAGAGCUCACGUAGCCGCACUGGGAGGGAAUGCUGUUGUUUCCUACAUUAUGAAGCAGUGUGUCUUCAUGGAAAAUCCCAGCAAGAACCAGGCGCAGUGUCUCAUAAAUGUCAGUGGUGAUGCGGUGGUUUUUGUUCGUGAAUCUGAAUUAGAGGCCAUGUCAACUCAGCAGCCUGCUGUCAGCUGCCAGACAUCAUGUCCUGGAGAAGUCACAACCUGAAGACAGAAGGAGCUCAACUGAGUGAAAUUCGUCCGUCUCCAUUGUUUGUCAGCAUCUUCACAGAUGAGAACCUCAGCAGGGUAGAUAACUGAGGAGGAGUGGGCAUGAGUUGGUUUGGUUUGUGUGGACAUCUUGGAGACUUAAGAAUUUCUGAUCUCGACAUUUCAUUUGCUUGUUUACACAGACAGAUCCCAUGGAAUCUAGCACCUUCAGUUAUGGGAGUUACUUGUAAUUUAUGUUGAUUUUAGUAAAAUUAUAGUUAAAAAUGAAAUGGGAAGAUUGUCAAGAGACUGGGAUAAGCAGCUUCUGUAACUUAGAAAACUAAGUGGGAAUCCAGAUUGCUAACAAGUCCAUAGUUGAUUUGUAAAAUAGAGGACACUACUGUGUAUUUUCAGAAAAUUACUAUGUGGGUUUCCCAGUAUCUCUUGGCUUGAAAUGAGGAACUUGUUAGCUGGGCAGGUGAUGUGCUUCAGCCACUUUUCAAAGGAAGAUUCUACAGUGUGCAUCUGCAGCGUGACCCGGAUGCUCUGAGGAGCUUCCCAGGAGGCCUCCACAUCAAGGAGGGAGGGCGCCUCUCGACUGACUACUGCUUCAUAUGUAAUUGUCUAGAAGAGGCUUGGUUUCAACUGGGUAGAGACCAUUGUGAAAUGUAUUCAAGUAGUGAAAGUACAGUCGACCUAGGAAGAACCAGAUUGUUUUCUGAUAAUAUUAUAUUGCACUCUUACUAGGGGACUUUGGUGAGGUACACUGUUUGCUAUAGAACUUGGAAAUGAGACUUGAAUAUGCUGUGAAGUGUUGAAUGUAUGUAUAAGUCUUACCUAUGCCAAGUACCCACUGCUAAUAAAAUAUCAAAGUCCUCCUUUACCCCAUAGAAUUACCUUAUAAAAGUUAGCAUUUUAUUCUCUCAGAACAGUAAAUUACCCUAAAGACGGAAAGUCAUCUUAUUGUUACACAGGUGUCAAUAUUUUUCUGUAUUUUGUUUAUAAUUUUAUUUUUUAAAUAAAAAGUUUAUAAACAGUA